AUGGCCGUCGGCCCCCGUGCCUCCAAAGAGGAGUUCAUGCAAGCCCUCGGCUUGAACUCGCACGAUCCGCAGCAUGAGCAGUAUUACCGCGCCAUGAGGGACGAAGCAAUCCAAACGUACAACCACCUAAACGAAGACCGCUCAAACCUGCUGGACAGCGUAGCCGCAGACCCAUCGACCCGGCCCCCGUACUUCUGGCACCAUAUCCGUCCCGAGCGCCAACGGUGGGGGAUUCUCGAGAUCGCCCGGAACGCCGGCCCAUUGACGCGCCCGCUGUUUGCGCGCGGGGCUGUCGCGGCGCCCUUUGGGAAUGGAGGUGGAGAGUAUGGACCGAAUUGGGUGGCCGGGUGGUUGCUGUAUAGCGUGUUUCGGUCGCGGGAUGUGCGGAAUAAUCGGAAUCGCAGGCGUGGGGAGGAGAGGGUUUGUCUAGGUCGCUCGAAAUCGCCUCAGAGACUGGCACAGACACAAAACCAGCCGAACAGCGGCGUCUCGGGCAAGAAAGAAUAUUAUGAUCCGGUGCGGAAUGGGUGA